GCCGCCGUAGUAGACGCCACCACGACGGUUCUCCACGUUCGGCCGUAGUCGCACACACGGCACACACGCAGUAACCGGCGUCCGCGUUCCGAGACUGGUGCCGUGCUAUGCGUUCGCCAACGGUCGUCGUUUCGGGUGGUGCACGGGAUCGUCGUCGGUGCUGCAGUGACGGCGUUUGAUCGCUGCGAAGUCGUCCGCGUUUCACUGCGGAUUAAUCGCGCGCGCCCGCGCACACGCGUGCUAUACAGCUAUUAUUAUAUUUUAUGUUUUUGUGCGUCACACUAGCGAUUCGCCCGUACGUAUUAUUAUAAUAUAGUAUAACACAAUAUAGUAUAACACGUCAUAUGCGGACGAGAUAGUAGCGACGACGACUUACGCGAUUUUAUGCGAUACCGCGGCGGUAAUAUUGAUAAAAUAAUACCUAUUAUAAUACCUGCAACAGAGUUCACGGUAAUAUAAUACGGCGCGGAGCGACACCAUGGCCGAGACGACGAGGAUAGUGUCGGACGACAUGACGGCGACCAGCACAUCGGCGCUCGUCGACCAGACAAUCGUGGCCAAGACGUUCGCCAUGCUCGUCCUGGGUCUGGGCUCGUUCGUGCUGGGCGUCGUGCCCCUGAAGCUGACCAAGUGGUGGCGGAUGGACCCGGCGGCCGCGCCGACGCACCAGGGCGGACACUCGCACGGCGGCGACUCUGCCGCCGGUUCGCCGGUCGUGUCGCUGCUGCUGUGCUUCGGCGGCGGCGUGCUGUUGUUCACCACGUUGCUGCACCUGCAGCCCGAGGUCCGGGAGGGCGUCGGCCGGUUGCAGAAGACCGGGCAGCUGCCCAACGGGGAGGGCACCGAGCACCUGGGCGACCUGAUUUUCUGCGCCGGGUUCUUCAUGGUAUUCAUCGUGGACGAGAUCGUGCACUCGGUGCUGGAUCGGUGCGCGGCCAGUCACGCGGACCGCAGCUCCGCCGAGGAGGUGCUGCACCGGUCCAUGAGCUUGAGGCGGCGGACCAUGUCCAUACCGAGGGCCUCGCUUGCCGGCAGCGGAGGCUCGCCCAGCUCCGUUCCGUCGGUGACCGGCGGCAUGUCGGUGGCCAGCAACAAGGAGCUUCUGCAGAACGAGGUGCCGGGCAAGCCGCACGACAAGCGGUAUCGGCCGUCGGGCUGGGGGUGCGGCACUGCGGCGUCGCCGCCCCCGCGAACCGCACACCGGCAGCGAGUAGACGGCUGUGACGGUGACACCGAGAAACAGAUGAAGCUGGGCGGUGACGGCGGCGGCGGGAUCGACGGUGGCCACUCGUUUCGCGGCCUGUUCACCGUGUUGGCGCUGUCGUUCCACGAGGUGUUCGAGGGCCUGGCCAUAGGGCUGGAGGAGCGCGUCGAUAACGUGUGGUACCUGUUCAUCGCCGUGGCCACGCACAAGCUGGUCAUCGCCUUUUGCAUCGGCCUGGAACUGGCCUGGUCCAAGACCCGGCGGCCCGUGCUCGUCAUGUACGUGGCCACGUUUGCGCUCGUCACGCCCGUGGGCAUCAUCAUCGGCAUGGUGCUAGUGCAGUGCGGCAGCGGCGGCACCGUGGACGGAUCUCCGGGAAGGGUGGCCGUCAUCUUGCAGGGGCUGGCCGCGGGCACUCUGCUGUACGUAGUGUUCUUUGAGGUGCUUGCCAGGCACAAACAGUCGGGAUUCUUGCACUUAUUGUCCAUUAUGUUCGGAUUCAGUAUUUUGCUCGUAUUGCAAUUGAUGACUCAUCAACACAGUCACGGCCCAGUUGACAACAAUCAACAUUCAGAUCACGAUCAUUCAUCACACGAACAUGAACACGAACACGAACACGAACACGUGCACGAUCAUUAGAAUUUCUCAAUUUUUUGAGUUACCAAGUAUUUUAUUAAGCCCAUCGUGAUCUAAGUUUGAUGUAGAUUGUAUUUCGUUAUUAAUUAAGCUAUCAACUAUUUUGUAUUGUUUAUUUAUAUUUAUACAAUAUACGUAUAUAU